UCACAUGGAAUUUCUCUGAAACCUCUCUCUCUGUGUCUCUGUCUCUCUCUCUUCAUCUCUCUGUUAAACCCUUGGAGCUCAGUACAACACUACUGCUAGGGUUUGUAUAAGCCAUAUAUGGAGAGCACUGACUUACCCACCGGCUUGAACCGGCCGAACCUCCCACCGGGGUUCCGGUUCCACCCGACAGACGAGGAGCUGGUGAUUCACUACCUCAAGAAAAAGGCAACCUCGGCUCCUCUUCCUGUCGCAAUAAUCGCUGAUGUUGAUCUUUACAAAUUUGAUCCAUGGGAACUCCCAGCCAAGGCUACGUUUGGCGAGCAAGAGUGGUACUUUUUCAGUCCAAGGGACCGGAAGUACCCGAACGGAGCUAGACCAAACAGGGCGGCAACUUCAGGGUAUUGGAAGGCUACUGGAACCGAUAAGCCGGUACUGAGCUCCGGCAGUAAUCAAAAGGUCGGUGUAAAAAAGGCGCUGGUGUUUUAUGGAGGGAAGCCCCCAAAGGGAAUCAAGACCAAUUGGAUCAUGCACGAGUACCGGCUGCUGUCGGAUAACAGGGCUAGCAAUAUGCCUCCCGGGUGUGACUUCGGCAACAAGAAAAACUCUUUGAGGCUGGAUGAUUGGGUGCUAUGCCGAAUCUACAAAAAGAACAACGCUCAUAGGCUGAUAAACAACGAAAGGGAGGACUCCAUGGAUGACGUGGCCGGAUCUAUGCCACCUUCAUUCGCCGUGGGGCAGCAAAAUGUGAUGAAACUGCAACUUCCAAAGGCGGUAGCCACCAGCUACGCGGGCGCAUUGCUCGAAAAUUACCAGAAUUUGUAUGAAGGGAUAGUCAGCAACAGCGAUGGUAUCAACUCUCCGGCCUUGGCUGCAGCCUCGAACAACCUCCCGCUAAAGCGGACGCUGCCGUCGUUGUACUGGAAUGAUGAUGUAGCCACAGCUGCCGCUGGCGGACAUUCGUCGAGGGAGAGAUUAUUGCAGUUGGAUGAUAGUAAUGAAAGUAUAGCAAGGAAGGAUGGGAAUGCUUCUACUUCCAUUGCUACUCUGCUUAGUCAGUUCCCGCAGACACCUUCAUUGCACCAACAGUUAAUACUGGGGUCUACCGGAGACGGCAUUUUCCGGGCACCUUGUCACCUUCCCGGGUUGAACUGGUAUUCUUAAUAUUUAAGGCACAUGUUAUGAAAAAUGGCCUCGAAUUCUUCUUCAGGGUGUAAAACUUGCUGCCGAUUUCAGGUGAGGCGAUUGACGAUGGAAACCGAUUAGUUCUAGCCAUGCAUAAAUAUAUAUAUAAUUUGGUUGUUUUUAUAUUUAGAGGUGCAAAGAAAAAGAGUAGAUGCUAGCUUUUGAUCGAUGUAGAAAAAUAAAACAGAUGAAUUAGUAUAUUUUCCUCUGUAACACAAACGCUAGAGAUCUCUUAUAUUGUAGAACUUUACCAAGAGAUAAUUAAUGGUUAUGGAUUUUCUAUGUAUUAA